UAAUCAGAACAUUGAUAUCUCACCCUCUUUUUUAUCUUCUUCAUAAAUAUCCUACACCCACACGGCGCAAGAUAGCCACGCUUUUUAUCCCAAAAUGGCUUCGUCUCGCCCAUCGCCGCCAAAGCCUCUAGACCUGGAGCUCACAAUCGUCUCCGCCAAGCACCUGAAGAACGUCAACUGGAAGAACGGCGAUCUCAAGCCGUACGCCGUGUUCUGGAUCGACCCGGACCGCCGCCUCGCCACCAAAUCUGACGAGUCCGGGUCGACCCGACCCGUCUGGAACGAGCGGUUCACGCUCCCCCUCACGCUCCCGCUCCACGAGUCGUUCCUCACCCUCGAGAUCUUCCACUCCAAGCCCUCCGAGACCCCCAAGCCCUUGGUCGGCACUCUCCGCAUUUCGCUCGGCGAAAUCGACAACAGCGACGACCCGACCCGGAUCCGAACGUUCGUCCUCACACGCCCUUCGGGUCGUCCACAGGGGAAGAUCCGGGUGAAGCUCUCGCUCCGCGAGCGGCCAUUACCGCCUCCUCCGGAUUACCAUAUAGUCCCUCCGCCUAGCUAUUAUUACCCCUGUGCCCCUCCCCAAACGCGCGAAUACAGAGGAUACUCUCCCCCGCCGUACACGUCAUCGCUCCCAACUCAGUAUCCCGACCCGUAUUCAGGUUACUAUUCUGGGUAUUAUUCCGGUGCUCCACCACCGCCUCUACCUCCCAGGCCUUUCUUUGAUCGGCAAGCGAGUUAUGGGCCUGGCGGGCCCAGUGGGCCAUCUGCCCCAGUGGAUUACUCGCCCUAUGAUCAAAAGCCCAAAUCUUCCAAAUUCGGGCUGGGGACGGGAUUGGCUGUGGGCGCGGUGGCUGGAGCUCUCGGUGGGCUCGCUUUGGAAGAGGGAAUGAAGUUCGAAGAGGAGAAGAUCGCUGACAGGGUUGAGAAUGACAUGGCUGCUCGCGACGAUUACAGCGAUUAUAGAAGUGACUAUCGUGCCGAUUAUUGAAUGACCUUAAUCGGUGAGAGGCUAAAAUAAGUUGAAUUUCCGGUUUGUGAUUUCGCGGUAUAUAUAUAUGUAUAUAUAUAUGUGGUGUUGAAUUUGCUCUCUAGUUCAAGUACUUUUUUAUUGUUGGAUUGAGUAUUUGAAUUUUCGUCUAGUAAAUAAAUGAUGAUGGAUCUUCUAUAUUUAAUGUGGUUA